AUGUCACUGCGACAGUGCGCCACCGCACUCGCACGCUCACUGACACGGCAACAACCACCCGCCCGUGCCCUCUCCUCCACCGCCGCCUCCCUCGCCCCCUCGACUCCCCCUCCUCCUCCAAUCCAACAAGACACCGACGCCGUCCACGAGUGGGUCCGCACGCGUCCCCGUCCUCACACGCCCCGCAACCCACGGACAGACCUCCGCCACCGCCCCGACGCGCGCUACCUCGACUCGCUCGUCGGCGCCGACCUCUCCUCCUUCGACCCCGUGCUCGACCUCCAUCCCUCGCAGCACUCCGUCCUGCGCGCGGCAGACUCGACCUUCAAGGCGAGACAGCCCAACGAUGUCCUCGUCACCACCAUCAACCGCGUCCCCGGAGAGGUCGGGUACCGCCAGAAGAAGCCGGGCAGCGUCGCGCCUUCGAAGCGCAUGAGGGGCGAGGAGGCCUCGAUCGAGCACCUCUCGCAAGUCACCCAACUCUCGACAGGCGAGAUCCGCAACCUGUACCGCUUCGCGCUCGUCAUCAAGCGCGUGGUCAACAUGAAGGCCAAGGGCAAGCAGCCCUCGAUCUACGCCCUCGUCGUCACCGGCAACGGCCACGGGCUCGUAGGGUGCGGAGAGGGCAAGGACGACGCGGCGGGCAAGGCGGUACAAAAGGCGUUUGCGCAGGCAGUCCGCUCGAUGGACUAUGUCGAGCGGUACGAGGAGCGCACCGUCUGGGGAAACAUGAACAGCAACUUUGGCACCUGCAAGAUCGAGAUGCGCUCGCGUCCACCCGGCUUCGGCCUCCGCGUGAACCCGCACAUCCACCAAGUCGCGAAAGCAGCAGGCAUCACCGACCUCUCUGCGAAAGUCUACGGCUCGCGCAACCCCGUCCGCGUGAUCAAACUCGCCUGCGCCAUGUUGCACGGCGGAACCAACCCCGUCGACAUGGGUGGAUUCAUGUUCGCUGCCGGACAGCGGAGGAACAAGAAAGUGAACGGGAUGAUGACGGCCGAGGAGGUUGGAAAGGCGAGGGGGAGGAAGGCGAUCGAUGUCUCGCAUGGGAGGUAA